AUGGCAACCCUUCAAUCAUCAAGUUUCUUGAAUUCAUCCACCAUUUUUUACUCAUCAUCAUCUUGCCAAAAAGGAAGAUCAAUGCAAGAACAUCAAGACUUUAUAAAUGGUUGUUAUACAAAUCGAAUCGAGCAACAACUUAUUAGCCCUUCAACAAAAAAUGAUCAUGUGAAUAAUAAUAUUAGCCCUGAUCCGGUAAUUAUAAUGAAGAUUUACGCGAUAAAGGAGGCGGUUGCAGAUCGAGUGGAGAUGCACAAGAAUAUUGGUGAACAAAGGAGCCAAUGGAACACUAUGCUUUUGAAUUCAAUUAAUAGCAUAACAUUAGUAGCUGCUACAAUUACUGCAAUUGUAGCUACUAGUUCUAGUCCAUUUUUGGGACUAAAUUUGUGUUCCACUUUAAUGUACUUGGCUGCCACUGGAUUAUUAGUGAUCAUGAAUCAAUUACAACCGUCCCAACUAGCUGAAGAACAACGAAACGCUGCAAGAUUGUUCCAAAAUCUCCUACACCAAAUCGACACAACUUUAUCAAUCGGUCACCCUGUGACUACUAUUGAUGUCAAUAUAGCUAUGGAAAAGGUUUUGGCUCUUGACAAAGCCUAUCCACUUCCACUUCUCGGUACAAUGCUCGAUAAAUUCCCUUCUAAAAUUGAGCCUGCUGUAUGGUGGCCUCAACAACGACGAAGUAAUUCCAAAAGGGUCAGUGAAAAUCGCGACGAUUGGAAUGGUUGGAACGAGAAAUUGGAGGAGGAAAUGAGACACGUAACAAAAAUCUUGAAGGAAAAAGACCAAGAAGAGUAUAUUAGGCUAGGGAAAAAGGCCUUGAAAUUGAACAAGAUUUUAGCUAUUUCAGGUCCUUUACUAACAGGAUUAGCAGCUAUUGGUUCUGCUUUUGUGGGAUGUUCUUAUUUCUCUUCUUGGGCAGCCGUGAUUGGCGUGGGGCCUGGGGCGUUAGCGAGCGUCGUCAACACAAUUCAACAUGGUGGACAAGUUGGAAUGAUAUUUGAGAUGUAUAGGAGCAAUGCAGGUUUCUUCAAGUACAUGAAAGAAUCAAUUGAAUCAACUUUGAUGGAAAAAGAUGUUGAGAAAAGGGAAAAUGGGGAAGUGUUUGAAAUGAAAUUAGCUUUGAUGUUAGGAAGGAGUUUGUCUGAAUUAAGGGAUCUUUCUGAUUCUUAUUCUUCAUGUAAAAAAGAACAGCUAGAUGAAUUUGCAAGUAAGCUUUUUUAG